AUGUGGCGUCAUCUCCUUCAACGCCUCGGAGUGGCGGUGCACCCCGCGUUAAAGCGACACGCAGCGCCUGUCAAACAGGUUUACGGAAUUUUCUGUGAUGCGAACUCCGGCGGGUUGGAUGAGGGCGAGUUGUUGUGCGCAGUUCCCUUUUUUCACUGCAUUGCGGCAAAGGUGGCGGCUGCGUCGCCGUGGGGAUCGACGCUGAUGGCCAACGCUUCCUCCUACACGGUCUCGGGCGACGGUGUUCGCGUGGAAUACCCAAGUGAAAGUGUCAUUACCACCGUGUUUUGCGCCCUUGUUUUGCUCUUUAAGGAGUGUCCGCUGAACAGCUAUCUGCAAUGGAUUGAGCUAGAACACGAAGACGACGCUUCUAUGCAACGUAAACUGGGCGGCCCCACGUACGCCAAGCUUCAAAGCAUCAAAGUUCUUAACGAGUCAAUUAUAGUUGCUCUUUGCGAAGACGCGUCAAGCGCGGGUUGGAAUGUAUCUUUUGAUGCUAUGAGCCGUGCGCAUGCCAUCUGCAGCAGUCGCUGUGUGGAUGUGCCUUGCUCGCAGGACGUUUUUGGCGGUCCAGCGCUUGUACCGUUCGUCGAUCUCAUCAAUCACAAUGAGGAGGACCCGAAUGUGGUUGUCUAUGUGGACACAAUCCAUUCUCUCCUAUCGUUGCUGCGACGGUCCAGGCACCUCCCCCAGGUGUUUGAAGACGAAAUCAGUGGUGGUCAUUGCCCCUUUUAUGUUAUUGCACGGGCGGCGAAGGAAAUCGCGGCGGGCGAGGAGUUGCACUACCGUUACCUUGACCCUCACGAUGCGCUGGCGCGGGAUCCGUUAUUUUGGGCUUCCCGGUUUCAUUUCUGUCCAUAA